AUGACUUCGAUCUUCCAUUAUGGUCUGUCAAGAGACCUUUCCCUAGCAUUAAACGAAGCUGAUGAUUUUAAUGUAAUUAUUCAAGUUGGCGAAAGCCCAAAUACAAAAGAAUUUCGUGUGCACUCGGUCAUUCUUCGAGCACGAUCUCCAUAUUUCAAAAGUGCGUUGUCUUCUAAAUGGAUUACAAAAAAGAAUGAUAUGAUCGUGUAUAAUAAACCCAACAUAACACCAGUUGUUUUUGACAUGAUUAUAAUUGGUAAUGGAACAAAUUGGAACGCUAAGAAUUAUCGAGCAUUGAAAAAAACGUUGAGUUCAUUCAUUCCUCUUAUUCGAUUUGUGGAAAUUUCACCUGAAGAUUUUUUUGAUAAAGUUCGUCCUUAUAGGGCAGCUAUGCCCAAUCAUAUUUAUGAGGAAAUUGAGGAAUUUCAUUAUAAAAAAAUAAUACCGAAAACAAUAACGUUGCCGUCUCGCAUAGGAACGUCAGCAUCAACAAUGAUUGAUCCAUCAACAAUCAUCAAACCUAAACUUGCAACCAUUAUAGCUAAUUGGAUUGACAAAAAUGAUUCUGCCUGUAAUGGACAAGGACCAUUUAUAUUAUUGGUAAGAGUUAAAUCAAAAAAAAUCUAUGGAGGUUUUAAUCCGAUCGGUUACACUUUGAAGGAAGGGCAAUGGUUACUCUCUUCGGAUAGCUUUAUAUUUUCUUUUGAAAAUAAUCAAGAUACGCGUAACAUGAAAAUUGGUAGAGUCAUUAACAAGUCUUAUUCGGUUUAUGAGGAUUAUUACCAAUUUUUCUUUAAUUUUGGAAAUCAUUUACAAGCUUACAAAGGAAAUGGACAAAACUUUUUUUACCUUGGUAAUCAUCGGAUUUAUAGCAAUAUAUUUAAUAGGUCAUGUACUGGUGAUUAUCCUAUUGAAGAAAUUGAAGAAAUGGAAAUAUUUAGCGUUGUUAGGAAAUAA